UAGUCUAAAAGACUCAUAACAGUCAGUUGCAGACGAACUAAUUUACAGUGGUAGUACCAGUGUAAGCAUUGCUUCAAAAAAUUGAAACACUGAUUCAAUCAUAGAAAUAACCAAUUAGGCUCUGAAAUCCAAAUUUCACGUUGAUUAUUAAAAAUUAAAAAAAACCUGAGACGGACCGCCCUCAACAAUCGCCGCUAUCAAUUCAAUGCUUUGGUGCGGACUGGACACAGUGCCUGAAACGUUUACACUGGCACAUGUGAAGGUGGGAAAAUUUUGGAAAGUAGAGAGCAUCCAACAAAUUUUGAAGAAAAAUGUGGAGGAUCCCAGCGCUAUGGCUUCCGGUGCUUCUACUGGCCGUUGAGGUAUGCCACUGUGAAGAUGUGGGGACCAUGCUGGCAUCCGAGGAGGUGCCCAACAUCCCUUUGUCGACCACCGUGACCCGCAGCCAGAUCCUCUCAGCUCAGUUUGAGUGCUACCUGAAGAUCAUCUAUGACCCACCACGCAAUGAAGCUGGCACAUUCUGUAACCGCACGUGGGACGGCUGGCUGUGUUGGGAUGACUCUGCACCUGGCACGGCCAUGCAGCUCUGCCCUGUGUACUUCCAGGACUUUGACCCCUCGGAGAAAGCAACUAAAGUGUGCAACUCGGACGGACAGUGGUUUCGUCACCCUGAGAGCAGCCGUAUUUGGUCCAAUUACACCCAGUGUCAGAUGUACACUAAGGACAAACUGACGUUUGCGUUUAGCUUGUACUACUUGGCCAUUGUGGGACAUGGAUUGUCUGUGGUGUCUCUCAUCAUCUCACUCUGCAUCUUCUCCUACUUCAAGAGUCUGAGCUGCCAGAGGAUCUCCCUCCAUAAGAACAUGUUUCUGUCCUUUAUCUUCAACUCCAUCUGCACUGUCAUCUGGCUCUCUGCUGUAGCCAACAACCAGCAGCUAGGGGCCAGCAACCCUAUUGGAUGCAAGAUCCUGACAGUCCUGAACCAGUAUACGUUUGGAUCCAACUACUUCUGGAUGCUGUGUGAGGGGAUCUACCUGCACACUCUCAUCAUCGUGGCUGUGUUUGUGGGAGAGCAGAAGCUGGGCUGGUACUAUGUCCUGGGUUGGGGCUUCCCCAUCAUUCCUGCCAUCACACAUGCUGUGGCACGUGGGCUCUUCUAUGAUGACAGAUGCUGGAUCAGUUCCGACACACACCUGCUCUACAUCAUCCAUGGGCCUGUCCAUGCUGCCCUGCUGGUGAACCUGUUCUUCCUGCUCAAUAUAGUGCGUGUGUUGAUCACCAAGCUGCAGGUGACCCACAGUGCAGAGUCUAAUGCCUAUAUGAAGGUGGUGAGAGCCACUCUCAUCCUGAUCCCUCUGCUGGGAGCCCAGUUCAUCCUGGUUCCCUGGAGGCCAGAGGGACGUAAGGCCAGGGCCAUCUACGAGUUCAUCAUGAACAUUUUUGCACAUUUCCAGGGACUCCUGGUCGCAAUUAUAUUCUGCUUUUACAAUGCAGAGGUGCAGGCAUGUCUUAGGAGGAAAUGGGCACAGACCAAGCUGGUGUGGAAAUGGACAGAUUCCUACUCCCACUACAACACCAACUCCUCUGGGACCGAGACGAGUCGCGCUACAGUCAGCCUGGAGCUCACCGCUCCUGAGGAGGACACCAUCAUUAAGCCAGGUGGCAGUGUGCACUACCGAGCCAAUGGACAGAGCAACGGCAAGCGCUGCACCAACGGGGAGAUGGACACGCCCAGGAUCCUGGAGGCCACGGAUAUCUGAUAGCACUGCACUGUCACUUCCCAUAGGCACCAUCACAUGAUGCUGUGACAAACAGGCUCACGAAACUCACAGAUUGGCCACAGACAAUUGAUCAAUGCAGAAAAUGGGGGGCCAUGACCUUUUGUGUCAUUGUAAAUGUUGGAUCACACACGUGGUAAGAAUAUACACACAAAUGUGUACAAGGUACACAUGCAAACACACAGACAAAAACCCAUAUACAGACAUCUGAUAAUGGAUGAGCAGCUUACAGGGUCCAGUUGAAACCUUACAGACAAUUAUUUGCCACCAGACGUAUAUACAUUUCACUGUAGCUUUUAAUUGUUGCUGAUUUUGGCCUUAGGCACAAGAUAUUAUGGAACAAUCCCAGUGAUAAAAUGACCCGAUAAAGAGGGCUAUCUCUGGCAAUGUUUGAUAUUGGCCUUCAGUGCCGAUCAGUGUCUGAUGUAAUCAAUUCCUGUGGGCAUAUUGGACAGUAUAUACACUGGCAAGAAAGUAUGUGAACCCUUUGAAAAUACCUGGAUUUCUGCAUAAAUUGGUCAUAAAAUUAUCUGAUCUUCAUCUAGGUCACAGACAAAAGAGUCUGCUUAAACGAUUUAAACAAUUAUACGUUUGUCUUUAUUGAACACACCAUGUAAACAUUCACAGCACAUGGUGGGAAAAGUAUGUGAACCCUUGGAUUUAAUAACUGGUUUACCCUCCUUUUGCAGC